AUGGAAGAAUCACGAUUUGGUGGGGGAGGGUUCAGGCCCAUGGUUGCUAGCGCCCGAACAAUAAACAAAAGCAACAUAACAUUUAUAGAUAAUGAAGAUACAUAUAAUGCGGAAAUGCUAAAAACGCAUUUAAAAAAUUUGAAACAAUUGAAAGAAGAUAUUAUUAGAAAGCGAAAUGAAUCAAAGAAUAUCAUAAGAAACAGACUUGAUUCGAUUUUUUAUAAUUAUAAUACUAAUUGUGAUUUUGACGCAUUUUAUGAUAAAUGUUUGGAAAUUAUUACAAGAUAUUUAGUAAUAUAUAAAGAAAUAAAUGACAUAUUAAUGAAAAACAAUAUACAAAAUACUACAAAUGUAAGCAAAAACCCUAAAUCAAACUCUUUUUUUUCAUUCUAUAAAAAAAAAAAUACGAAUACUCCUACGAAAGAUGCAUAUGAUAAUAUGGGAAAUAUCGAUAGUAACAAUAUUUUAUACAAUUUAAUGGAUGAUAAAAAGUUAGUUUACAAUAAUAAAUUUUUGUUUGAUUAUGAUGAUGAUCAUGAAAUUUACACAUCAAGUGAAGAGGAAAUUAUAAUAGAAGGGAGCAUGCGUAAAAGUACAAGCAAUGACAAUGACAGUAAAAAUGAAAAUAACAAAAUGAAUGAUGAUGAGGGUAACUUGUUCUUAAAAGGAGAACGAGAAAAAAUUGUUAGAAAUUUUGAAAAGAAAAAAAUAAAUCUACUUAACCGAUAUCCUGAAUAUCUUAGAGAUUUGAUAAAAAUAGUAAGGACUGCAAAAAAUCGAGAAAAAAAAAUAUUACAAAUAAAUUUUAUAAAUGAAUAUUUAGAAAGUAUGGAUAUAAAUAAAUUGAAUACUUUAUUUAAUGAAUUAUAUAUAAUUAAUAGUUAUAUUAAUGAUAAAGGGUAUGUUGAGAAGAAGAAAAAAAGAUUAUUAUAUAGAAUAAUUCGACAUAAAAUGAUAAAUAGCUUUUAUAAUAAUCACGGUGUAUUUAUAGAGGAACUGAUAAAAAAAAACAAAGACGGUGUUAAUAACUUAAAUUACAACAAUUUAAGUGUUGAAAAUAUCAAAAAAUUAUUUGAAUCUCAUACUUGUGAUGAUGAAAAUGCGAAUUCGUGUAAAAUAUGCCAAGAAAAAAUGGAAUUUUUUUUUUAUAUAAUAAUAUAUUCUAACUUAAAUUAUAUGCCCAUUUUGAAAAAAUUGAGUAAUAAAAAGAAUAAAGAAAAAAAUUUAUUAACAAACAUAUUUAUUAAUAAAACAAAAGAGAGAAAACCAAUUAAUGUAGAUUAUGAGAUUUCUUAUCAUAAGGAUAAAAGUAUAUAUAUGGUGUCAAAAAAUAAUAUAUUUUGUCAUAUAAUACAUGAAAAAUAUAUCCAAAAUAAUUUUAAUGAUUUAUUAUUACGUAUUAAAAACGGAAGUAAAGGAUAUAAUAUAUUAAAUAUCAUUUUUAAUAAAUAUAAAAGUAAGCGUUAUUUAAGCAUAAAUAAAUUGAGUAAUAUGUUAGGCGAUUUUAGUAAUGGAAAAUCUAGCCAUUCGAAAAGUGAUAAUGAAAUUGUAUUAAAAGAAUCAUUUUUUGAUGCAUUAAAAAAUAAAGUAAUUAAUGACGAAAAUAAUAAAGAUUCAUUUUUUGAUCAAUUAUUUUGCAAUUUUUACGAUAUUUUAUAUACAUCCAGGUUAGCACAAUAUAAAGAUCAACAUUUGUCUAAGAAUAUAGAGAUUGAUAUAGUAGAUGAAGUAGUAGAAGAUUCAGAUUCAGACAACCUAGAUUUGAUAUAUCAUAAAAGUGACAAAUCUGAGGUGAAUAAAAAUAACAAAACACGUGAAAUUAUGUCCUAUUUAAAGAAUAAAAAAUUUGAUGAUAUUUCAUUGAAAGAAAUGAGUAAUCUAUAUAUGAAUGUAAAAAAUAUGGAUAGCAUUGAUGAUGUAUAUAUAGAUGAAUGCACCUGGGAAAAUAAUAAAAAAUAUGAUUAUUAUUAUAUUAACAAGAAUAAAAAACCUGGGAAAGAAAAUAAGAAUAGUAAAUAUAAUAAAAAUUCAAAUACAUUUCAAACAUAUUUAGAAAAUUUAAAUGAAGAAGUAGCUAUAGUAGUAAAUAGUGAUGAUAGUGAUGAUUAUGUAAAAAAUAGUACUGGAAAAACAAAAAAUUUAAUUAAUUAUUUAAAAGGCCGACCUGCUCAACAUUCAGACGAUUUGGUGACAAAUAAAAAUUUAAUUUUAGUAGAAAAAUGUAAAAUGAUGACUUUAAAAAAUAAUACAAUUAUAAAUCCUCUCAUAAACUCAAAAUGUAUAGGAUUCAAAAUAAAUGUUAAUGAUAUAGGCAAUAGAAACUUAGAUGUUUAUUGUAUAAACAAUAAUGAAUAUGUAAAUGCGUAUAAAAAUACUGUACAAUAUUUAAAAAACAAUAUAAACAGUGAGAUUAAAAAAAAUUAUGCCUACUUGAAUAAAGUUAAAAAAAGUGUAAAGAAAGUCGAAGAUGACGAAAAUACAAUAAAUGAUAUAAUCGAAGAUACUAAGAAAAAAUAUGGUAACAACAAUUACAUAAAUAUAAGUGAUAAGACAAAUGAUAACAAUAGUACUAAUAAUAUUAAUGAAUACAUUGUUGUUAUCGAUGAAAAUAUAGAGGAGGAUAAAUAUAGCAUAGAUAUAUAUGACUAUGUUGAAUUAACCACAUAUAUAGUUACUUCUAAAAAGGAAAAGAAAAAAGAAUUUUAUAGAAAAUUUGUAAAAAAUGAAAUAUAUUCUCACAAAUGGAUAAAUAAACUUCAAUUUAAGCUACAAUAUUAUAGUAAUAUAUAUAAAAAUAGUUAUUUUAAAAAACAACACAUGAAAUCCAUAAAGGAAUACUUAUACAGUUUGUUAAUCAAUUCGUAUUAUGAAAACAUUUAUGAUAUGUCAUUAAAUUUGUUGUUAAGCAAUAAUUAUGGACAAUAUAAUUUAAAUAAAGACUUUGCUUUAAAAAAUAUUCAUUUUAAUCUUAACGAAAUUUAUAUAAAGUUAUUAGAAUGUAUUAAGAGCGAUAUAUUGAAUAAUAAUUAUAUAUCAAGUGAAAGCAAUUUAACAGAAGAUAAUUUAUUAUUGAAAGUAAAUGAUUAUUUAAUAAAUUACAAAUGGGAUAAUGAAAAUCAUAAAUUCAUAGAAGAAAAUAUACAUAAAUAUAGAUAUAUAUUUUUAUACUAUGUAUUGUACACCUAUCCUAAAUUUUUGCAAAUUUUAAAUAUUAUUCAAAUUAACAAUUUUAGAGAAAGUAUUAAAAUGUCUUUGCCAGAUGAAGACGAUAAACAUGUUCAAGAUGCACAAAACGAUUUUACUUCAAAAAAAAAAACAUUAAAAAGUAUAAAAAAAAAUAAAUCCGAACAAAGUGAAAGUAUUGAAAGCGAAAAUAAAAAUGAUUUAAAAAAUAAAUUUUUACCUAAAUAUUAUACCAACCAAAAUAAUGAUAUUUUAGAAGCAAUACCUUUGAAAAAUUUAUUGUUAAUUAAUCCAAACGCGGGAUUUAAAUCGUCAUUUUUUUUAAACAUAUUAACGGGAAAAGUCGAUAUAACUAAAGUGCAGAAAGAAAUACAUCCAAUAUGCUAUAAGACAAUGUUGUAUUAUAAAAGUUUGGAAAAUGGAAAUGUGCCUACAAAGACCGAAGAAAAUAUAGAAAUAAAAAAAGAAACGACUAAUAUUCGAAAGAAGCUGAAAAUAACUGAAAUUGCUAAUUUGUUUAUUAUAUUGAAUUCUUAUCUUUCCUUUUUAUCAGCGCAAGGUAGUAUAUUUUUUAAUAAUAAAAAUGUAUUGAAACAUUUAAUAUAUAAAGAUAGCACACAAGAAAUGAAAAUGGCAUUUAAAUUAUCCUCAGAAGGAAAUACCUAUUUCCCAUCGGAUUUCAUUAAUAACUUUUUAGAUACAUUCUUACUUAAAAAUAAUGAUAAAUAUAUUAUUGCGGAUGAAUUAAAAUGCAAACUUAUGAUCUAUAUAUUAUUAAUACAAUUAUGCUUAACUGAUAAUUAUUGUCCAAUCAAAUUGCUAUACGUUAAUCAUAAUGUAAAACUUAUUUUGAAAAAGCUCAAUUUUUCUAUUGUAAAUGGACAAUUUAUUACAUUCAAUUCAAGGGAAUAG